UAAACAAUAGAGAGGUUCUGUGACAACUGAAACAAGGACAAUGUCAAACUAGUUAAACAGAAAUACUAAACUAUUUCCCACGAUAGAAUUUGUCAAAGUAAGGGUUGUUCAGAGGGAUGCUUUUGGAAAGUCUUUUAUAUGAAUUUCUAGAGAGUAGCUCAGUCUGGGAAUGAUCAGAAAAGGAAAGAAGAUGGUAUGGCCAAGAUGGGAUUUUUUUUUGUUUCUGAUGCUCGGAAGGAUGCUUUUAGCGCAACUCUCUGCUGCAAGUGAUACCUUAACUCAAUCCCAACAACUGUCUCUAAAUCAGACACUUGUCUCUGCUGGAAAUAUAUUUGAGCUGGGCUUCUUCAGUCCACGUAGCUCGAGGAGUCUAUAUAUAGGAAUUUGGUUCAAGAAUAUUUCUCGUCGGAGGGUUGUUUGGGUAGCAAAUAGAGAAGAUCCACUCCAAGCAUCUGAUUCUGAUACAAUCUUGAAGAUUGGAGGUGAUGGGAACCUCAUAAUUAUGGAUGGCAAUCAAAAUAUCAUUUGGUCAACAAAUAUCUCUAUUCAGUCUAAUAAGACAUCUGCUGUACUUACAGACAAAGGAGAAUUCAUUCUUAAAGACGAUGUCACGGGAUCAUCUUUAUGGGAUAGUUUUAACUAUCCUUGCGAUACCUUGUUAUCAGGAAUGAAUAUUGGAUACAACACCAGUGCUGGGGUAAGACUUGUUUUAUCGUCCUGGCAGGCUGAAAAUGAUCCAUCGCCUGGAAAGUUUACUUCUGGACUAUCGGUAGAGAUGCCACUUCAAGGCUUCACUUGGACUAAUUACUCAAGGCCUUACUGGAGAGGUGGACCAUGGGACGGAGCGAACUUCAUAGGCAUACCUGAUGUCGACAAGGGGUAUGCAAGUAGUAUAAACGUCAUAGUAAACAAGCAACAGGAAUCUGGCUUUCUCAGUUUGAAUAAUUUCAAUGAUUCUGAUGUUAUAAUCAUGGUCCUUAAACCAUCAGGGUUAUUGCAGACUAUAUUAUGGGUUGAAGAACUGAAUGCAUGGCAAGUCACUUGGGAGGCACCAGGUAAUCCAUGUGAUGUUUAUGGAACUUGUGGUCCUAACAGUGUUUGUGACAAGAAUAAAUCUCCAGUCUGUGAUUGCUUGAAAGGAUUUGUACCAAAGUCAACUGAUGAAUGGAUCAGAGGAAAUUGGACUGGUGGUUGUGUGAGGCGAACUAAACUUCUAUGUGAAAUUAGUACAAGUGAAAAUACUACAAACGGGUACGGAAGUGACAACUUCUUGCAGCUGAGAGAGAUGAAACUUCCAGAUCACUACACGUAUUUUUAUGCCUAUGAUUAUCAGAGUUGCAAAGAGUGGUGCCUGAAUAACUGUUCAUGUGCAGCAUAUGCAUAUCCAGAUAGAAUUGACUGCAUGGUUUGGACUUCAGAACUUAUGGAUGUUCAGCAGUUCCCAUCUGAUGGUGUGGAUUUGUUUCUUCGUCUUGCUUAUUCUGAACUAGAUCAUAGUUUAGAUGAAGAUAAAAGGAAGAAAAAGCUUAUCAUCGGCUUGACAACCCUUUCAAGCAUUCUCAUAUUGGGCAUCUUGGGAUACAUCUUCUGCAGGUGGAAAGUAAAUCAAAGAGGAAAUAGAAGAAAUAGGGUUGAACACCACAUUCCGGCUGAUAAGUGUCAGAUUUCAAGCGAAAUGUCUACAGACAAUUUGUGGGAAGAGCAAGAACUGCCAAAAGAUUCAUCAGAAUUACCACUUCUUGACUUUGCUAAACUGGCUACUGCAACUGAUAAUUUCAGUGAAAUAAAUAAGAUUGGAGCAGGAGGAUUUGGCCCCGUUUACAAGGGAAAACUGGAAGAUCGACAAAUGAUAGCUGUCAAAAGACUAUCUAGUCAGUCUGGACAAGGAAUUGAAGAGUUCAAGAAUGAAGUCUUGCUAAUCUCCAAACUGCAGCACAGGAAUCUCGUUAGAAUAUUAGCCUAUUGCGUUCACGGGAAAGAGAAGUUACUAGUUUAUGAGUACAUGGCUAACAAGAGCUUAGAUACUUUGUUGUUUGAUUCAAAAAAGAGUCAUCAGCUUCCCUGGCCAAAACGUUUCGACAUGAUUCAAGGCAUUGCUCGUGGCCUUCUUUACCUUCACCGAGAUUCUUGUUUAAGGGUCAUUCACCGAGAUCUGAAGGCAAGCAAUAUUCUCUUGGACGAUGAUAUGAAUCCGAAAAUUUCAGAUUUUGGAUUGGCCAGAAUUUUUCAAGUGACUCAAGAGCUAGCAAACACUAACAGGAUAGCAGGAACAUUCGGUUAUAUGUCACCAGAGUAUGCAAUGGGAGGACUAUUUUCUGAGAAAUCUGAUGUCUACAGCUUUGGCGUAUUGCUACUAGAGAUUGUCAGUGGAAAGAGAAACAGUGGAUAUUAUGACCACGAAAGGCAUCACAACCUUCUCAGUUAUGCGUGGCAGCUGUGGACUGAAAGCAACGGACUAGACUUAAUGGAUAAAUCAAUUUUGGACUCAGAUUCCUCUGCAACAGUGCUGAGAUGCAUACAUAUUGGCCUACUUUGUGUCCAGGAUCAUGCUACUGAUAGGCCAUCAAUGCCGUCUAUCGUUCUUAUGCUAAGUAGUGAGAUGGAUCUUCCUCAACCAAAGCAACCUACAUUUAUAUUUCAAAGAUGGUUGAAUUCUGAUACCCAAUCGCAAAUCAGCAAAACUCAAUCUGUUAAUGAUAUCACUGUAUCUGUGGCAGAAGGACGAUAACCAAUUGAAGAUGUUGCAUGUACCAUUUUAAUACGUGUACACAGCUUGUCUAAGCUACUACAUCAUCUGAUCAUUUCUUUGUUUACUUACUCCGUGUCUUUACUGCAUUCAAUAAUAAAGGAGAUUUCCUCCAGUACAUGUUCUUGUGCAACAGUCCGCCAAAUUGCAGAAACCACUUGGGAAGAUAUGGCUAUUGGGCCAAACUCUACCGUCAAAGACAUCUUAUGUGGGUAGGGUUUCCCAAUGCCAUAUAAAGAGACCACUAAACUAUAGUGUGGAUUACAUAGGCCUGACAUUGAAAAACACAAUGACAGUGAUUGAAUUGUGACGAUUGGCAAUGCGGGACUUAAAAUACUUGUAGCUUGUGAAGUUUACAUGUGCUCAAUUGCCAUAGUUAGAGGAGGUUCCUUGUUAAAUGACCAUAUUGGAUCAGUUGUAAAUUUAGUUUUGUUAUUGAAAUCAUAGUUCAGUUUGA